AUGUUUAAAAUUAAUCUUUUUAAAACAAAACUUGGAAAUUCUCAAAUAGAACAAAGUAUUUAUAUUAUUCUAAUUUUUUCUAUAUCCAAUAUAAAUAUAUUCAAAAAUGAUAUAAUUUUAAGAAAAUCACGGUUUUAUCUCUAUACUUUUUUUUAUCUUUAUUUUUUUUGUAUUUUUAUAACAAUUAUUCCUGAUGAUUUUGCGUCUUUCAUUGCUACUAUUGAUAUUACUAUUGAUCUUAUUCUAAAGACAUUUCUCUUAUAUUUGUAUAAAACAACAUCUUAUUAG